GGCGGCUGCUUUUCACAGUGCGUGGCUUUCUUUGUCUAGAAACUUUACGUACGUAGCCGAGCACUUGCGACUGGACGCACGACUGCUUCGUCGUCUUGUUGACGUUGAUAUGGUCAGUGUCGACGACUACGAAGAGCUAGGAAAUGAAAUGACGCCACAUAGAAAGAGAGUCGAUCGCCUGUUGAGAGAUAUCUUGCUACGACAGGAUCCAAAGCGUUUUCCGACGUUUUGUAAGAUUUUGACAGAAUUAGGGCAAGAAUUUAUUGUGAAAAAGAUGCGACAAUGUGAUGGAAUAACAUCGGCACGUGACCUAGACGUCAUGAAGACUGCAACGGCUGCUGGCAGCAAGAAAUCUAGGUGUAGUCGUCGUGUACAACUCAAAAGACACUGUAGAUCAUCUCUACGCCGAGCUCGUGAUCGUACUGCAAAUCACUGUGGGAAGAAACAAGGGGCUGACGCACGUGAGUUACGUUGUUUGUUGUCAAAAUUGUUUGACAUUAAAUUGACAAAAUUUUAUGCAGGGGAUAGUAGCACUAGAGUUAAUAAAGGUCAACACAAUCUGUUAGAACAAACAUCAGGGUCUGCAUCACGUGACAUACAAACGCAACCAGUUGAGACAGAAGGCCAACUGGAAUCAUGGCCCCGCCCAUUACAUUUCACAUAUCACACUCAUCCUUCGGUGUCACGUGCUUGUGCAGACGUUGAAGAUGAUGAUGACCCAUGGCCUGCUCUCAGACGCAACUACGUGUUUCUGUCCACCCGACUGCGUUGCAACUCUUUCUUUCUUGGUUGUUUGUAUGAGAAUAAUUUGAUAUCAAAUGAUGAUUUUGACACACUCAGCAAAGACAGUCUCUCUCAUGUAGAAAAGACUCGUCGUCUGAUCGUUGAAAUUCUGCCCAGCAAACCACCAGAGAUGUUUGAUACAUUCUGUGACAUCCUCUGCUUUGUCGACCAAUCACAUGUGGCCAAUCGACUGAUGCAGGAUCCUCAACAAGUGCAGCUCCUUCCGCAAGGAGCUUGUACAAAUAGUGAUAAGAAGAGUUUGCAAAGAAUAGUUGAGAUGUUGCUGGUUCAAGUGGCUGAUUUGGACAGAGAAAAACGAGAAGCCGUGAAGAGAGCUGCAACAGCUGAAGUGAAGAUGAGAGGAGAAGAACUGACAAACAUGGCAUUUAGGAUGAAGGUUCUUUCUGCAGAUGAGAUCAAUGACAGUUUGCCAUCAUGGACACAGUGGAAAGUACCCAUGCCUCACAACAUUUGCUGGUUAUGUAAUAGAAUAGGAGAGAUCGAAGGCAGACUAGUGGUAGGAGGUGGGGAUGGUAAUCUCCAUGUUCUCACUAACAAACGUGAUAAGUGGGACACGUUUGUCAGAAAGAAUGGUCACAUCAGGAAUGUAGUGUGCUAUCAAGGUGUGUGUUUGGUGUGUGUGUAUGAUGACGAUAAGCAUCUGCUUCUGAUUGAACAAUUUCAUUUGAAUGAAGACGACAAAUGGCGUUUCCUCACAGUUCUACCAAACGAACUGCAGUUGGGUGGUGUAUCUGUUGCUCUUCAUGAUAACUCACUGUAUGUGGUGGGUGGUCGGACUGAGUUAUGGGAGACAGUUAACACAGUACGUGUGUGUGACCUUCACUGUGGUCAUUGGUCUAAGAUGGAUGACAUGCAAACAAAAUGUUGUGUUUGUUCUUCUGUUAUUAUAAACAACACAAUGUUUGUAGGGGGAGGAUGGACUAAUGUAUUUUGCUCAAGUAAUAUUGUUGAGUGUGCAGAUGUUCGUGAGAGGAAAUGGAGAACAAUUUCCUUUACAGCCACAUAUGACUCUAGACUGUCUGCAGUCAGUAACAGACUGGUGGGGACUGGAGGACAAACACAACAGACGUUUGGUUCUUCUUCUAAUAUUGUAGAAUUAUAUGAUGACAGAUCUACCAAGUGGCUUCCUCUUCCACAAAUGACAAACAAACGGUCGUUCCAUGCUGCAUGCUCAACUCAGAAUGGAGAACUUAUCACAGCAGGAGGGAGGUUUGCUGGAGAUUCAAUAGAAAGUCUGAGGUGUAACUAAGAUUUUGUUUUCUUUCUGUUAUGUGUAUUUGUUAGAUUAUAAUCUUUAGUGAUUGUCCAAAAGCCGAAUUUGUUGUGUGUUACAUAAACUAGAUAUUUACUGUAAAUCAUGUAUAUGUAGAGCAUACUAGCUAUACACUGUCGAUAUAAUUAGAUUAGUGAAAGAGUCUGGGCAUUAGAGUGUGUGAAGGAAGAGAUGAACUGUUAUAUUGAAGAAAAAUGAAUUUGUAGGAAUGAACUGCAGCAUAUAGCUUACAGUAAUAAAGGAUGUUAUUUAUAUGAAUUUUGAAUUAUAUUCCUAGUACACUA